AUCUCAUCAUGGGAGCUGUGGCGAUCGAUGAUAGUCCAUCUGGAGUUAAAGCCCCAGAUGGUGGCUGGGGCUGGGCUAUACUCUUUGGGUGCUUUGUCAUCACUGGAUUCUCCUAUGCCUUCCCAAAGGCCAUGAGUGUCUUCUUCAAGGAACUUAUCCGAGAGUUUGAUGUUGGAUAUAGUGACACAGCAUGGAUUUCCUCUAUUUUGUUGGCUAUGCUUUAUGGAACAGGCCCCCUAUGCAGUAUGUGUGUCAAUCGGUUCGGCUGCCGCCCUGUAAUGCUGACUGGAGGCCUGUUUGCCUCAGCAGGGAUGGUCGUUGCUUCCUUCUCCACUAACAUCAUUCAGAUCUAUCUAUCUGCUGGUGUCAUUACGGGAUUGGGCCUGGCCCUUAAUUUCCAGCCAUCCCUUAUCAUGCUAAAUCGCUACUUUAACAAAAAGCGGCCUUUGGCCAAUGGGUUGGCUGCAGCUGGAAGCCCUGUGUUCCUCUGUGCUCUUUCCCCCCUCGGGCAGGUACUGCAGCAUGAAUAUGGAUGGCGAGGGGGAUUUCUCAUCUUGGGGGGAUUGCUUUUGAACUGUUGUGUUUGUGGAGCUCUGAUGAGACCUUUGGAAAGUCCAAAAAAACAGGAAACUUUGAAACCAAUUGAGGAACGCAAAAAAAAGCUAUUGGAUUUCAGUGUUUUCAAAGAUACCGGCUUUGUAAUCUAUACAGUGGCUGCAUCCAUUAUGGUGCUAGGCUUAUUUGUACCUCCAGUUUUUGUAGUGAGCUAUGCUAAAGACCUGAAGUAUGAGGACACCAAAUCAGCUUUUCUUCUGACAGUUCUUGGCUGCGUGGACAUUUUUGCUCGACCUCUUUGUGGAAUACUGGCUGGCUUGAACUGGGUUAGGCCCCGUUGUGUCUAUUUCUUCAGUUUUGCUAUGUUUUUUAAUGGCUUCACUGAUCUCAUGGGCUCCCUUUCUUCCAAUUAUGGUGGCUUGGUGGUCUUCUGCAUCUUCUUUGGCAUUUCCUACGGAAUGGUUGGUGCUCUUCAGUUUGAAGUUCUCAUGGCUAUUGUUGGUACACAGAAGUUUUCAAGUGCCAUUGGCUUAGUUCUUUUGGCUGAGGCAGUGGCUGUCCUAGUUGGCCCACCUUCAGCAGGUAAACUCCUGGAUGCAACUCACAAGUAUAUGUAUGUUUUUAUUUUGGCUGGUAUUGAAGUCGUUACUUCCUCGGUGGUGCUGGCUUUAGGAAAUAUCUUCUGUAUCAAAAAACCUGUGCAAAUACAAGAUCAUGCUGAAGGAGAAGGGUUAAAUCAACAACCGGGAGACUCCAAAGUGGACUCUAUUGAAGUGGAACGCUUUCUGAAAGAUGAAAAAAAUGGGAAAAUUGUAACCAAUCCAGAAACAUGUGUGUGAGUGUAACAGAAAUGAAUGCCAAACAUUUAGAGAAAGAUUCAGAAACUU